AGGAGCUGGGAUGAGUCCAUUAAGGUAGUCCAGGGAGAGAGGGUAGGACCUGGAGGGGGUCAACAUGGGUGGAAGACCUGAGGGAGGAACUGGGCAUGGUCCAUGGAGGGGAUCUGGGGAGGGGAGGUCAGUGUGCGGGGAGAGCAGAAAGUUGCAGAGUCUGCAGAUCUAGGGAGCAGAGAUGGGAGAUCAGUGAAGUGGGAGCUGGGCAGUUCCUUGCAAAUGGGGAGACCUUGCAGGGAGCUGUGGGGACAGGGAGAGGGCCUCAGUGGGAUAAGGGGGAAGUUGUGGAUAAAUGGUGAACAGGUGUGAAGAGACAUAGAAGGGAGGGGGUGAUGAUCUACAUCCCCCUUGAGGAUGGGAGGAGGUCAUGGAGUGGGGGUCUGGAUUCCCCUCUGAUGGGAGGAGGCCAUGGACUGUGCAUUUACCUCUCUGUAAAGGGUUCUGGGGGUUGUAAUUCUUCCCUCCAAUUUAUCAUCAUAUUCAAGCCCUGCUCCCAAACACCGAACCUACCCCAAAGUACAAGGUGGCCAUAGUGUGUUUGUGUGUGCACGCAUGCAUGCACACGUGCCUGGGCUGUACAUAUGAUGAACAUACAAUCUAAAGAACAUCUAUCAGUAAAUGUGUGAGAGAUCCUGGCUACACUGCACUACUGUCAGUUCUCUCAAUGGAUGGCAUGACAUCUAAGGGUGUGUGCUGGGUGUGUGGACUGCUGGGUUCUAGCUCUUGGAGGAGAGUGGUGUUGAGAUGGUUAGAGUGGACCCUAUUUGCAGCUCUGGGAUGGGAGCUGGGUCUAGUGGUUAGAACAGAAGGGAAACCAGGGACUAGUUACUUGCUGUGUGAUAUUGAGUCCUAUCACUUCUCCUGUGUGUGCCUUAGUUUCCCCAUCUAUGUAAUGAGGAAAAUUCCUACUUCACAGCAGUGAGGAGUUGGAAAGUGAUUUGAAUGCCACUAUUGAAAUGGGCUAAAGAAAUGCAAAGUAUUGUGAGCCACAACAAAUUCUCUUCAGAUCUGCUACUAAAGAUUUGUCUGCACUCACAUUAUGCCACUUUAACUGUACCGGUAUAUUAAAGCAGUACAACCCCUUAUUGUGGAUGUAAUUAGACCAACACAAACAUGUUUCUACGGUAGAGAGUGUUGCCAUGUGGGAAGGGAAAUAAGCUAUACUGGUAUAAGGCACAUUUGUUGCAGUAUAAUUGUGUCCACUCUGCACUUGUACCUGUAAAAAAAAAAAAAAAAAAAAAAAAAAAAUCACAACCCUAAUGGAGAGGGUUACACUGAGUCUAAAAAUAUUAAUGCAGAUGGGAGGAUAUUUUUUGGAGCAAGCUCAAAAAAUACCAGUUAAUUUAUUAUUGGAUUUCUGUGCUUUAACAAUACCUUUCCUUGUCAGGUUGCUCUUGUAUAUUCUGCCCCAAAAGUGGCAUCAGGUUUUUGUGUUUGAAUGAGAUCCAGGUGUAAAGUUUUAGCGCAUCAAUCUCUUUAUUUAAAACCAGAUAAUGUAGUUCUUUCUGCUCGCUGUCCACUUCAGAAGUGCAGUACUGAAGGGGAAUAACAUAUUAGCUCAGGUAACAUAGCCCCGACAGCAAGCUCUCAGAAACAGUUUGCUCCAGAUACUCCUGAACUGAAAUGCUUUGAUUUUUCUCUCCCUGGGACGCAACCACAUGUAUGGUGAAGAUAGCUCAAUUUUAGGUGAGAGGCUCAUGCUUCAACAUCUGUGGUGGAAUGAGGACUUUUGUGGGUGUUGGUCCCAUGAGGAGACGUGGUUUUUGGUGCUAUAACCAAGGAAUCUGUUCAGCAUUUUAAAUUCUGACUCUCUCCCUGCACCUAGUUGUAUAUUGGGACCCAGAGUCUAUUUAAAAACACAUACAUCCCCCAACUCUCAGCAAUUGAAACCCCUCAAAAUACACUUUAUGAAGCCCAUUGGAGUCUUUAUUUUCAUUGGCCUCUAGUUGUUAUAGUGGUGUGGCUGUCUUAAAAAUAGACUGCUGAGUUAUUUAAUUCGAAGAAGAGGCUUCUGCAUGUGAGCCAUGUUGACUAAUUUUUCAUGUGAGUUCUAAAUGCUAGAGCAUGGCAUGGAGUCAGGUCUGACUACUGAGUUGUAUUCCUAGCUCUAGGAGAAGUGUGGCCCAUGAGUUAAAGCAGGGAGUCAGGAUGCCUGGUUUCUAUUCCCAGUUUUGGAAGAGGUGUAGGGUGCAGUGUGUUAGGACAGUGGGGCUGGGAGUCAGGACUAUGGGGUUCUAUCCCUGGGUUUGGGAGGGGAGAAGAGGAAGUGCUUAAACAGAAAAUCCUGGGCAGUUUGUUUUUCUUUUGGCUGCAUUUUUGAAGUGUGGUAGUGUCUCUUCCUUCCCCACCUUUCCAAAUAAAUAACUCCUCUGAGUGGUAAAUGGUUUCUGAGGUGAAAAGGUGUUCAAUCUUUAUUCUAAAAUUGUGUUCAAGAUGUAUGUUUGGUUCUGACUAUAGCUAACUUAGCAGAACGCCAAUUAACUUCAACAGCAGGGCUGAUUGUAGAAGCAACUUCGGGAAAGUUUAAGGUUUUAAAUAUAGGUAAUUCUUGAAGAAACAAGCUAGGUUAACUCCAGCACCCACCCCAAGCGCUAUCCUGUGAGUUUAGACCACUUCAGCAUUUGCAGGGUUUUCAGUCAUAGUGCAUCAUCCCUGCUGUAGAUGUUCCUAUCUGCGAAGUAUCAAAAAUUGAGUACCAUGAUGGCUGGAAACCAUGUGGGAAGCUUGCCUGCUGCUAUCCGUAAUCUGGGAACAGACAGAAGAUUGACUAUGCCAAACUGCACUUUCUCUCACAGACACACAGCUUUAAAAGUUAUCUCUCUGCAUUAGAAUACGGAUUAUCUCCAAAUGAGAGAGUGGAGAAUGCAAGUUAUAGUGCAGUCCAGUGUAACUUCAGUACUAAAAUAAGGGAUAGUUAAGGGUGAACUUACCUCUUGCCAUAAUGAUCUUUUAAACUACUGGCAAUCUUGCCCCAACUGGCCCCAGUCAGAAUGGAUAGCUGUUAAGUGAAAUAAGUGCUGAAGUUUGCUAAUCAGGACAUGAAUCUGCCAUGAGCCCAUGCUCUCAAUUCAGUGGGAGGAGUUUUGAAUCAAUCAUGGGUGAAAGGGAGCUCAUCCCAAUCAAAGUCUUUUUCCGCAUCCCCAAGGAAAGUACCCAUAUCUGCUUUCUCUGGUGUCAGGCAGCAUAUAAAGUUGUGCAUGCAAGGGAGUAGGAAUUUUCUCAGCGUCAGGGUUUUGGGUUAAACAAGCAAUUUCAGGAAAGCAACUUUCAGUCUGGUCUGUGCAAAGAAGGUUCACGAGACACUCUGCUGCCAUGUGUUUAUGUAGCUUGCUGCCUGGCAGCUUUCCUGCCUCACUUCCCCUUGGUUCAUGUGCAGACUGAACAUGUUUGCCAGCCACAUGUCAGGAGAACUGGUGUCCUGAUUUGAACUUGGGUGGUUUAUUUUUUUAUGUGAGCAUUAAGGUUAAGCAUAGUACUGGCUCACACUCACCAGUAUUUAGUGACUUGCAGACCCAGCUAAACUUUCAGCACUGCAGAAAACAAAUGACUUAUGGCAGCAUUUCCAAGCAUGAUUGCAGUAGGAGAAAGUCAAGUAAAGCCAAGGAGAAGAAACAGAAGCGACUGGAGGAACGGGCUGCCAUGGAUGCUGUUUGUGCUAAGGUAGAAGCAGCCAAUAAACUUGGAGACCCCUUAGAAGCCUUCCCAGUGUUCAAGAAAUACGACAGGAAUGGUUUAAACGUCUCCAUCGAGUGUAAGAGGGUGUCGGGCAUGAACCAGGCUACAGUCGACUGGGCUUUCGAACUAACCAAAACAAAUAUGCAAACUCUGUAUGAGCAGAGUGAGUGGGGUUGGAAAGACCGGGAGAAGCGAGAAGAGAUGACAGAUGACAGAGCUUGGUACCUGAUUGCUUGGGAAGAUAGCUCUGUCCCCGUGGCGUUCUCACACUUCCGGUUUGACGUGGAGUGCGGGGACGAAGUCCUGUACUGCUAUGAAGUGCAGUUGGAAAGCAAAGUCAGAAGGAAAGGUCUUGGCAAGUUCCUCAUACAGAUUCUGCAGCUCAUGGCAAACAGCACACAGAUGAAGAAAGUCAUGCUAACAGUAUUUAAACACAAUCAUGGGGCCUAUCAAUUCUUCAGAGAAGCGUUACAAUUUGAAAUUGAUGACACCUCUCCCAGUAUGUCUGGCUGCUGCGGGGAUGACUGCUCCUAUGAGAUCCUCAGCCGAAGAACUAAAUUUGGUGAGAGCCAGCACUCUCACUCGGGCAGCCACUGCGGAGGCUGCUGCCACUGAAUCUGAACCGCCUCUUUGUGUAGUCCUCGCAAAUGCACCCCUUCAUCUUCCUUCCCUGCCAUCCCCAUCCUCAUAUACUCCUUAAGAUAGGUCACCGCCUGCCUCUUAAGUCAAGAGACUUAGACCACGUUCUGGAGUGCGUAUGAAAUUGCUCUCCUCUGUGCAGGAGGCACUAGAAGUCAAAGUCCUGUCCAGCGCUUGGACCUAGUGCUCUGACCUCAAACAGGAAGCUCCAAAGGUGUGAGUCUGAGGACACUAAGUGAAAGCAACUUAAAAGCAUAGGUUAAGGAAGCGGCGAUAGCACAGGGCAUGCAGUGAGGACAGUGAGCCAGUAGCCUCUCUCUCACUUGACACCCCUCCCACUGACCUGCGUGAUGUAAGAGGUUUGGAGCAAGAGCGAUGACACAGCUUUAUUACCCACACCUUACUCCCUGCCUACACCAUCUAGGGAUUAGCAUUGUUCUUUCCCACAGUGCUCUGUGGAGCUUUAGAACCAGUUACAAUGCAAAUACGAGAUUCUGAGCCAAAUAACACAGGCACAUCUUAGAACCUUUGAGAAUUUCUUUAUGCUUCACCCAGCCCUCAUGGGUCCCAAGUUCAAGGUUCCAUGUAUCACCUGUAACACCUUUAUGGUGAUGGCUUCUGCAGAGGAAAUGCAGAAGGCCAUGCUCAAGUUUUGAUGGGCAAUUUCCAGCUCUUCCUGGCUUUAAAAUGUAAAUUACAACCUGUAACUUUUGGAAUCUUAAAGCUGGAUGAAAAAAACAUCCCCAACAAUUUUGUGAGCAAAACUUUCACUUUUUUUGCUAGGGCAAGGAGAGGCUAUUUAGUGUUUUUGCUUCCAUGCAGUUGGUACCAAGUACUAAAAAGAAAUAGAAGUGGAUUGUAAGAUCAGCGCAUUGGGAACAUUUCUGGCUCAGCUGAAAUGCAUGUGGCCUGGCAGCUACAUGUGGCAGUCAGGGACUGAGUGCAGAAGUGCAAUGGUUCUCAGUCUGAAGUUGGCAUGCCACAGCCCUGUUGCUGUCUUGUGUUCUAGCUAGAGUGUGCUUACCACUGAAGCAGAGCAGACCUGGGAGCUCUAUAAGGCUGAGGGAGCUAGCAACUGUAAUGGGCUUACUUGAUUGUAUUGACUGUGUGUGAUCAAUAAUAGUCAGAUCUCAUGUGAUGGCUCUAAUCUCUCUGCAGUGGCUGCCCUACACUUGACUGUAAGAGCAUGGGACUAAACUGAGAGCUUCCGUAUUCUACUGCAGACAUUCAGCUCAAGUCAUUUCCCCUCUCCGUGCUUUAGUUUCCCCAUAUGUAACACCGGGAUUCUACUGACCCAGCUAAUGUCUGUAAACACUUUGAGAUCCUUGGGUGGCAGGCGCUAGGGAAGCACAAAGUCUUUCUGGUUGAGUAUAGUUCAUGGAGGGGAGAGGGGCAGACACCACACCAGUGCUGGCUGGAACAAGUCACAUAGCUUAGUGCUCUGCUGGAAACAUGUUGAGAACCAGGUUAGGAUCUAUAAUGUAGGGCUAGCCAUGGUCUGUUAGCCUCAUGAAAGAGGGAGGUUGUAGAAAGCAGCCAGCGGUAGGAACAUUCUGGAUCUUGCGAUUAUUUUUUUUAAGGCCUCUCUGUAACUUUUUCUUCUAAAGGAUAGGAAACUGUCAUGGAGUCUGUGACUCCUUUUUAUCCUUAAGCUGCUCACAGAAGUCCCCCCACCCCAUGGGGUGGACAGUCCUUCAUCUCCCAUACCCCCAGAACAGGCCAGUGACUCAUUGCUUGAGUUCCAGCCUCUAUUUUUACCAAAUCCAAACUGUCAGUAGGAACAGUGACAAGUUCCUCAUUGCAGUAGAUGCCUUUUGUCCUUCCUCAGAGCAUGGCAUUCCAUCCUGAGCCAGGGAGCAAGAGGGCAUGCUCCCCCUUUCGCCUCAGUGAGGUGUGUUGGCAUCCAAGCCCUCUCUGGGGAUCCUGGUGGGGCCUAACUGGAGUCAAUGGGACUCUUUAAAUCUCCUUUGUCUCAGAGCAGCUGUUGUGGUAAGGACCUCUGUCUCCAUCUUUAUCAGGUGCCCCUGUUGUGGGUGGAACCUUUAUCUGCAUUUCACCUACGGGGGGGUUCAGACCUAUACCUGUUCCAACCUCUGCCUGGGGAGGUAGGACCUCUGUCUGUGUCAUACCAGGUGUUGCACCUAUGGGGGAGUAAUGACCUCUACCUGCAUUGCACAUGCUGGGUAUGGGGGUAGGACAUCAAUCUAUCUUGCACUAAGUGUUGCACCUGCUAGGGGGUAGGACCUCUAUCCAUGUUGCACCAUGCACACCCAGUUGCAGAGACCUUCCACAGCUAGAUCUGAUGCAUUCGUUGUUAAGUGUUGCCAUUCUUUAUGCCCAUCCCCUCUCCCAGUUGGUCCAGUAUGGGCUCCUCUGUUUCUGCUCUCUGCAGGAUGGAGCUUCCCCUUCAUCUGUCCUUUUAGACUCCAUUAUUCCCAGCCUCUCAUGCCCUGUGGCAGCCCCAGCACUUCGCUGCCAGCCCAGGGUCUGGAUGCAGAAGUGCUUUGUUGUACCUGCCAUAGAGAGACACAAUCUGAACUCUGCUGCAAUUUAGCCUCUUUCUGAGGUGGGAGAGGUCCCUGUUGGAGUUGUGAAAUGCGUCUAGUUGAGCUAACUACUUUCUAGCUCUGAGAACCACUGGUAACUGGGCUUGCUGCGUGGAAACGUAAUAUGGGCUUGAUUUUUCAGGGAGUCAGACACCCCAUUUGGAAUGGGAAUUGGACCCAUAAUUCUGAAAGACACCUGUGAAAUCCCAGCCAUAGCUCUUCUACAAAGGCAUGUUGUUUAGGGACAGGGAAUAACCUGUUUGUUUUUACAGGGAUGGCUUUUUACUUGAGAUAUGCUUCUCUCCUCCUAACCAUUUGCCUCCUUCCACCCCUGCCAACUUGCACUUUGAGAGAAAGAUGCUUUAAACUUUGGCCCACACAACCCUGCAAUUUUGGGUCUUUGAGGACAAAGAUGCUCAUUUUUAAGGGAGAUUGGGACAGCAAUGGGAUAAAUCAUGCUGCUGUUUUGCUACUGAUAUUCACUCUUCAGAUUUGCUGGGCAUGGAGGCCAGGAUUUUUCAAGGGACUGGUGAUUUUGGCUGCAUCCAUAUUUAUAUUCCUAACUUGACAUCUUAAAAGAGGCCUGGUUUUCAGAAGGCACUGAUGUCUCUGAGGCAUCUCAAGGUGGGUAGAACCAAAAAUAAACUAGUCACUGUACAAAAUGUUAUCGACCAGUGCAUGCUUUCCUCCCUUAGCUGUGGUGAAGGACUAGCCGAAAAGGGGCUAGCUGCUGACCUGCAGAGAAGAUUCCUACAACUGCAUGGAGAAUUCAGGGUUUAAAGCUGAACUCUUAACACCUUUCAAACACAAAUGCAGAGCCGUUAACCUACAGGCUGCAAUGUAGGGGAUCCACAAUGACUUGCAACUUCCCACCCAUUCAUGAGGGAUUUUUGGGACUUCUCUUCCGGGUCAGCAAUUUCCAGUGUCAUUUGCUGGCAUUGCUUAGUAUGCACUGGGUCAUUAAACUGAUGAGAGAUGCUUUCUUAAUGGCCAUUAUGUCUCCUGCUUCGCUCAAGGUCAGAGGCAUGUGGCCCUGCACUCAGCCUAAGCAGCACUAUCAUUUUGGAUUGGAUCAUCUGCCUUGACCAGUUCAGUCUGGCUAAUGCUUAUGGCUGUAGUGCCUAAUGUUGCCUCAACCUCCAAGAGUGUUCCCCUCUUGUGUCUGAUUUCUCCUGGCGUGUGGACACAUGACAGAUGGUGCUGCAUCUCCUCUCCUUUAUACAUGAAAGCCCCAGGCCCCUACUGCUGCUGCCGCCUCCUCCAGCUCUGUAUAGCAGGGAUGGGCUCACAUCCUCUUCUAAGUAGCCAGCUGUGAUUGCGGCUCCUUUUGCCACCCCCUGCUUAAAUGCUACCCCUCUGCUCUGUGUUUCUGAGGGCUGAGGCAGGGCUGCUUGCAACCAGGGAGCAUCUGUUCCUGCAUCAAAAUCAUCAUGAUCCCUUAAAUGAGGAGGACCCUAAAAACAGCAAGUCAGCUUUUGUUUGUGCUCCACUCCCACUCACUGUCUAUUCGCCAGGCAGGCUAAACUCCCAGCCAGGAUGGCAUUCCCCUUUAGCCAGGUGAGAAUCCCUUCCUCUUCUUUCUAACAGGUUGCAUCAGCAGUCAACGUUAGCCCUCUUCCUCCCACCCUUCAGCAUAGCCUUGGCACCACAUGUGCAAUGAGCAGAGGAUUACUUUGGCACCGGUUGUAGCUACACAGCAGGCUGCAUUUGCAUGGCACAUGGAUGUGGAGCAUCUAGUACUAUUCCCCUCUGUUAUGUCUGAGAAAACAACAGUAAUUCACCAAUUUCCCAAAAUGACUAUCUCCCUGCUCGGUUUAUUAGCUAAGUCCUAGGGUGGUUUUAACCCCAUGGCGCCCAGUAUUUGUCUUUCAGUGACACACGCAUCAUUCUGCUGACAUUGGGUUGCUUUAAUUAGUAUCAAAGAACACGGAAGCAUUUUGAGGGAGUCAAACUGCAUUAAAUUUAAGGGAAAUUUAAGCAGGUCAGGUUUAAGACCUGACAACUCUUGGCCUGUAGUUUUGGCAUCUGUGUCCCAACCAGAUUUGUUUUGAGAAAUCUAGCACUGUGUAGACUGGAUGCUUGACCCUCUAAACACCCCGUUUUGACUCCUUAGCUCUGUGGGCUGUGUCUGAUAGCCACAUACCAAGUUUGGGGGAAAGCAGCAUGUUUAUAGUGGGUGGUUGUGUUGUUUAAUUUCCCCCUUUCUCCACAUAUGAAAUCCUUCUUCAGUCUAUCCCUGUGAUCCCCAGGUAGUGGCUUUUCCUCCUCAGACUGGAUUCUGAAACUUACCUCUCCAUCUCACUAACCCAACUCAGACAAAGCACUUGUUUAAACAGGGACUGAAGCCAACAGGUCUGAACCCCUGCUUCACACUAAGCAUGUGCUCAGGUGCUUUGCCAGAUAGGGAAGCUUUGCUGAAUCUGGGUAGCUCUCUGCCAGACAGUGAAUUCCAACCAGUACAAAGAUUCUGUUGUGUUUUUUUUAAUGACUCCCUUGCCAUUUUUUCCCCUGGACUUGGUCUCCUUUUAUGUCAGUCAGCCCAAUAACUGCUCUGUGGCAUGUGUGAUAGUGGGUGAAUUUUAUAGCUAGCUGCAGUUAGGUCUGCUUAAAAAACUAAAAUAGUAAUUUCUCCUCUGGGCACUCUCCUUGCUUUCCUCGCUGUCUUCUGCCUAUCGUAAAUGGAGUCACUGGUUAGAUCCCAAAGCAGAUUGGUGUAUGUGACUGUACUUUGUCCAUCUCUUUACCAGCUCAUUCUUUUCAUUGUGAACAUACAGACAGAUCUUCUUGGAAGGGGUGGAAGGUUCUAAAACAAACCCAGGGGUUUUUUUGUUUGUUUUUUUUAAAGGAAUAUUCCUCCCUCAUCCCCUUUUUACAUUAAGGACUCUCUCUUACCCCCUCUUUUCCUCCCCUCCCCCAGGUUAUUCUAACUGUGGCUAAACAAAAAGGGCUCCUCAGAAAAUUCCUCUCUCUCUUCUCCUCUUUAAUGAAUAUAUUCUUUGACUUAGCAAGUUGAUCUAUACUUUUGUUUGUCUUCUUGGUACCUUUUGAGGUAGGAUAUCCUCCCCUAAUAAAUGCCAAGUCUAGUUUGACAGACAUAGCUGACCUGUUUGUACUGUAUCAUUUUUACUGAGGUCGGGGCAUGUUACGUUUUUUUCCUAAGCCUUGUCUCUCUUUUGUCACUUUUUAAGUUGAUCAUGUGUUGGGACUUCUGCGUGCGUGUGCAUGUGUAAGGUCAUUUUAUUUGGUUUUUUCCCCUUUCCGUUUCUAAAGGAAAAUUUAAAAUAAAACCUCACUUCUGAUGUUGUUGGUUUUUUUAACUAGUAACUAUUCUCACUGGAAUCAAAGGGAAAAAGCUAAUCUUUUUGCAUUGGUUUUAUUUGUAUGUUACAAAUAAAAACAGUUUGUUCAA